AUGAGUUCCCAGCGCGAAGACUCGAUUCCACAUGAGCUCCGCACGGCGGCGGAACCUCGACAGAACCGGCUUUACCCAGUGCUUUUGUCGCAUGUGGAGCAGGUUAACCCCUCUAUCCGCUUGCUACAGUUUACCAUUCCGGCAGAAGAGAGUAAUGAUGACAAUGGACAACAACAGCCAUUCACCUUCCUCCCAGGCCAAUGGCUAGAUGUCCACAUCCCAUCUAUCAGCACCGCUGGCGGGUUCACCAUAACCUCAACCCCCGCCGACGCCCAGGCACUGCCAUCACCCGAGGCACCAGGAGCGGAAACGCUCCUCGGCGAGGAAGCCGGCUCAGCAAUCCCCUUACAAGGACGAGAGCCCUACGUGGAACUAGCCGUCCAAGACUCCCCCGCAAAUCCACCAGCCGCAUGGCUCUGGAAACCGCUGCCCGAGAUUCUCGGCAAAGAAUUGAACAUUCGCGUUGGAGGGAGCUUUGUCUGGCCGCCUACAAGUGUUGAUGUACGAAAAGUCAAGAAUGUGGUCUUUAUUGCCGGAGGCGUGGGAAUUAAUCCGCUAAUCUCUAUCCUCUCCCACCUCAACAAUCAAGUUGAAACCACUCAACCCUUGAACAUCCAUUUCCUAUACUCGAGUCGACUCCCUCAAGGCCAUGAAACAGCAUCACCAGAAGAAUCACUCAGUCAGAUCCUCUUCCUCCCACGAAUCCGUCAAAUCAUCCUUUCCCAACGACAAUCUCACCGUCUCCGCAUCUGCCUCGAUCUUUUCCUCACGGAUUCGAACUCUUCUCGUCUUGCCCCUGCCAACUCCCCGACGGAUCUCACUAUUCACUCCAAGAGGAUUGAAAAGCAUGAUCUGCAAUCAGCCGUUAUCGGCGGAGAUGGCAAGUUAGAUCCACGAGAAAGUGUAGCUUACGUCUGUGGACCACCGCAGAUGACGGAUGAAAUGGUGGAGUUGUUGAAGGGCAUCCUUGGAGAAGGCGGGGAGCAACGAGUAUUUUUCGAGAAAUGGUGGUAA